AUGGAUGAUAGUGGUCAGAGGAACAGAAUACGGAGCGUAACUGAACCAUCUACUCCUUUGAGACGAAGUUCUCGAAUAGACCAAAGUUUUGCAUUUUACUCACAGAGACAGAGGACCAUAUUCAGAACUAGUGAUAUCCAUUUACCUCCACAUGAGCUACCGUCAAUUACCGCUAAGCUAAGCCAAGAAAGCAACUCUGCACCUGGGUCACUGAGAAGAUCAAGACGUAGGUCUCGGUCCCGACCUACAACCCCACAAACAGGGAGAGAUUCUAUAUCCGGAUUAUCACCAGGUACCUUGACACCUACGAGAAACACAAAUAAGAGACGAAGUAGUAGUAAUUUUACAAUGGGUACUAAAAGAAGGAAAAGACAAUCUCUCAUUAUGACGGAAAAUGGAGGGACGGCGUUCGACCCGAAUUAUAUUGGACCUAUAACGAUUGACUAUUUGCGAUUGUUCUGUAAAAUUACGAUAGAAGAAAAAACCGUGAAAGAAAACUCUAAGACUGACGUUCAUGAUAGCGAGCCACCAAUAGUUCUACAAGAGGAAAUACCAGCUAGGUCUCCCAGAAUUGAUGAUCAAAUGGAGAUACGAAAUAUUCCGACAUUUAAUGAUUUUGAUCAAUCCUUACCACUUCCAGAUGUGGAAGGCAUUCCAGUCUCGCCAGAGUCAAAUGAUUUACGACCACUCUAUGAUCCUGUUGAAAUCGGAACACCACCGAAAAAGGCAUUCUCGUACUUGGAACGUAUAUUGGCAGCACAGGCUAAAAGAAAUCAAAAUCUAGAUAAGGAAACUGAACACAGCUUUCGUAAGAAAACUCCAGAUGAAAGUAAUAUGCAAACUAUAGAUUCAAGUUCAAUGCAAACUGAAUUUAUUAUAGAGGAUAACAGUGCCCAUAUUAAGAAUGUUCCUGUAAGCGAUUUGAAUGUACGUUCGAAUAUUGGGCUGGAUAACAAUACUGGGCCUAAAGUAGAAGAAAGUUUGUUCGUUCCUGAAGAAAGUUCAGGCAUUGAUGAACAGACACCGUAUAAUGAGCAACCAUUAGAUAAUGAACAAUUGUUCGAUAAUGAACAACCGAUAGAAUAUGAACAAGACAACAAUGAAUUUGUUGACAUGAAUGACGAAUAUAAUGAUAUUGAGGAUAAGAUGAAUAUAAAUCACUUCUCUAAACUUGAACAUUUAUCAGAAGCUAUAGCAACACCAAAAGAGACUCUGGAAUUUACUACUUUGUUUGGCCAGGAGGAAUUGGAAAGACAGUCACCAACUUUUCCAAAUGCAGUGGUAAAUGAAGAAUAUAUCGUUGAUAAUGAUUUCAAUAACGAUUUGUUCGAGGAAGCAUUUGAUAGAAAUAAUGAACAUGAAAUUGAUAAUAGCUUGGACAAUCAAGCCGAAAAGUCUACAGGAGCACCGGCAACUAGAAUAACAAAAAGUAAUAAGACUAAAGCAGGUCGAAGUCAUUUACCAUUACCUAUAAAUAUGGUAAAAAAUGUUGUCAAGUUAUUGCAAGCUGCACCUACAAAAGGUAAUGAUACUGCUACUAGUAAACUGAGAAACACACAGAAAGUCAAGAGACUUACACCUGACAUUUAUGAAUUUAUUCAACAAAAGUCGGAUGAUUUCAUCCUGAAUAUUGUAGCGAACUUGGAGGCAUACUCUGGACAUCGGACUAAUAACAAGAGUAAUCAAAUCAAUAUCAAAGAUGUUCUCCUUUAUUUAAACAGAAUUAAAUUUAGCUCAGGCGGUGAAAAUAGGAUACAGGAAGUUGAUAAUAUAACAAACUUGGCUUAUAAGUUCUUACCCUUGGAGUUGCUUAUUUCACUUGACAAUAAUUUACAUGGCCGAGUGAAUAGCCAGAAACCCAAGACUUAUGAAGAAGAGAAUCACUCGGAGAGCUUUGAAAGUGAUAGUGAGUCGGAUUACAAUAAUGAACCUGCUCUGAAAAGAGGAAAUUCAGCUCAGAAUAUAAGACAUUUAAAAACAUUUAGUGAUAGUGGAACUGAAUAA